CGACUCCCCGCCGCAGCCAACGGCAGGUCCCAACCUCCGCCCGCCGCGGCUUCCGCACGUCCCCGCCCCGCUUUCCUACCGGCUCUUCGUGGCGUCCCGGGUCUGUCAGCCACCGCACUGUCCUCUAUGUCUCUGUCGCCUCUUUCUCCACUUUCCGUGGCCUGUGACCGUGUCCGCAGUCUCGCUCUCCUGCCUCGGUGUCCCCAGCCUUGGGCAUUCUCCCGGACGUCGGUAUCCGGGACGUGAAGGCUUGGCCUCGCGGCCAGCUCUGCCCCGAGCGAAGGAGGAGCCGGGACCCCACGCAGAGGUCAUGGAAGAAAUGACAUCGUGCUCCUUCAACCGUCCUCUGUUCCAGCAGGAAGACAAGAGAGGGGUCACCUACCGGAUCCCAGCCCUGCUCUAUAUCCCCCCCACCCGCACUUUCCUGGCCUUUGCAGAGAAGCGCUCCACGAGCAGGGACGAGGAUGCACUCCACCUGGUGCUGAGGCGAGGGGUGAGGACUGGGCACUCAGUACAGUGGGAGCCCAUGAAGCCAUUAAUGGAAGCCACGUUACCUGGGCAUCGGACCAUGAACCCCUGUCCUGUGUGGGAGCGGAAGAAUGGCCUCGUGUACCUAUUCUUCAUCUGUGUGCGGGGCCACGUCACUGAGUGUCAACAGAUCGUAUCGGGCAGGAAUGCUGCCCGCCUCUGCUUCAUCUGCAGUCAGGAUUCUGGCUGUUCGUGGAGUGAGGUGAGGGACCUGACCGAGGAGGUCAUUGGCCCGGAUGUGGCGCACUGGGCCACAUUUGCUGUGGGCCCAGGGCAUGGCAUCCAGCUGCAGUCGGGGAGGCUGGUCAUCCCUGCAUACACCUACUACAUCCCUUACCGGUUCUUUUGCUUUCGGUUCCUUUACAAAGCCAGGCCUCAUUCCCUGAUGAUCUACAGUGAUGACCUAGGAGCCACAUGGCACCAUGGCAGGCUUAUUAAGCCCACGGUGACAGUGGAGUGCCAAGUGGCAGAGGUGACCAGUAGGGCUGGUCAACCUGUGCUAUACUGUAGUGCCCGGACACCAAACAGGUGUCGGGCGGAGGCGCUCAGCACUGACCAUGGUGAAUGCUUUCAGAGUCCAGCCCUGAACCAACAGCUCUGUGAGCCUCCGCAUGGCUGCCAAGGCAGCGUGGUGAGUUUCCAGCCCCUGGAGAUCCCAAGUGGGCACCAGGACCCUGCUGGCAAGGACGUUCCUACCGUUCAACAGAGCCCUCUGCUGGGCAGUUCAUGGAGGCCAGAGAGGGGAGCUGGAACCCUGUCAGAAUCAUGGCUCUUGUACUCACACCCAACCAGUAAGAAACGGAGGGUCAACCUGGGCAUCUACCUCAACCAGAGCCCCUCGGAGGCUGCCUGCUGGUCCCGCCCCUGGAUUUUGCACUGUGGGCCCUGUGGUUACUCUGAUUUGGCUGCCCUGGAGAAGGAAGGUUUGUUUGGGUGUUUGUUUGAAUGUGGGGCCAAGCAGGAGUGUGAGCAGAUUGCCUUCCGCCUGUUUACAGACCGAGAGAUCCUGAGCCAUGUGCGGGGGGACUGCACCAGCCCUGACAGGAACUCUGAGCCAGCUCAAAGCUAAUUGGCUUAGGACCCAACUGUCGUUAGAAGGAUUGCCCUGGGAGGCAACCACUGCCAGGACAGUGGAAGCCAGGAUAGCAGAGGUUACCGAAGUCCACAAGGAAUCCAAAAAUGUAAUACUCUGCUCCCGACCAUUCUUCACUUCUCCUCCAAAGAGCAAAAUGAAAAUCAUGCCAUAGCUCCUGCAGUGGGAAGAGCACUGGACGGUGGGUUGAGAGACCAUGAUGUAGUUCUGGCUCUGUCACUGGCUUGCUCUGGGACUUUGGACAUGUCACCUGAACUCUCUGGGCCUCAGGUCUCCAUCUGUAGAAUGAGAGGCUUGGUUCUGGGAUUUUUUUACUUCUUCCCAUUCCUAGGAGAGGCCCAGGGCCUGCAUGCUCCCUGAUCAGCAAGUCCUGGCUGCAUAUGGGACUCUGAUCUCAAAAUGGAAGUCCAGUGACUCAGCUUUUCCAAUGGCUUGCCACUUAUCCAAGCAUGAAGUUACAAGCAGAUGUCCCGGCACAAAGGAAGGUCCAGAUGGACUGUCCUGUUUUUAAUAACAAAACACCCACACCCUUCUAAUCAUGCUCAGAGCUCUCCAGGCUCUCUAGAGAAGCUGGACAGAACAGUAGAAUCAUGAGGUCACCUAUGUUCUCCAGCUUUGCAGCUCUGCUCAAGCUUCCCUGCCUCAGCCCGCAAGCAUUCUCUCCGACAGAGAAAAUGAGAAGCUCAGUGUCCCAGUGGUCCUUGAUAGUGGUACUUCUGGACUCUGAUGGCAUGACUCCUAUGAAAGAUGAACUGGAAGUUCAUUUAUUAGGACAGUUCUUAAUGGGAAAAGGACAUUCGUUAGGACUGUAAAGCACUGGACAAAACUUCCCACGGUCUCUGCCCUCGAGGAGCUCACAGGUGGUAGGGUUGGAAGAGGAAGAAGAUAAAUGCAACUGGUGGGGCAGUUUGUAGAUGCUGGGCUCUAAGUUAGGAGUGAUGGUAGCUCCUAAUGUCAUUAUCUUAGUUGCAUCUUCCUUGGUUCCUGGAGGCAUCUGCCCCGGGCUUGUCCACGCUGCUGGGUUUCUCAGUUUGUUUUUUCCAGGGUGCUGUCUGGGCCCAUCAGGAAGCUCUCCAGACUCCCAAACCUCUGCAUCAGGCCUGUGUGUUUGGAUCUACCAAAAUCACUGAUGGGGAAGGAGGGAAUGCUUCUCUGUCUGGGGCUGAACUUUGCCAGAGCCGGGUCUCUCAGAUGACAGCAGAUGGCUGCUCUUAUUUUAGGUCGUUUCCCCCCUCGCCUGUUACUGUGACAGACAUUUCUAUCAUGAGAGAUUUCUUUUUUGUCCCUGUUUUGGGUGGGUAUUGCCCUAAACAGGUGCCAGGUGCAUAUAUUUGGGUGCUGGGUAAUGAUCCUGGAGAGCAGGUUUGAGUCAUGACACACAGCCUAGGGGGCCAGGGGUUGCAGACACACCAGUCAGAUGGCAGAAAGUCCUACGGCAUGAAAGGAGAGAUUAACUUCACCUACUUCUGCAUAUGGCUUAAGCCCAGGGCUUAAUGUGGCUUUUAAAAAUCCCCCCAGCCUCCCAUACAUGUGCCAAAGUUAUCUUCCCAAUACCUGGUUAUGAUCAUUCAUUUACUCAUUUGUAUGUUUAUCUAACUAUUUCUCCAGUUGGGUGCCUGUGCAUAAUGUGAGGUCCUUUCUGUUGCCAUUCCCUGGUUGAAAAGCAAUAGCUCCACCUGGCCGGCUGAAGGGUGUUUACAUUUAGCCUGGCAUGUGGGACCUUCAGCAGGUGGGAGAAAUGGUGACUAGUCAUCUCUACUUCUCUAUGUGAAGCCGCCGUCAGAGAGGACCUCUGUCAAGUUGGCAAGUGGAGAGGGGUUGGGCUCCGGGAGUGGGCAGAGUCGGGGGUACAGGUAGGAACUGGGGAGGGGAGAGAGUUGAAAGGGAGGCCCCCUCCUCUGAGUAGUAGCAACUCCUCCGUCAGCACAGCUUUCCUGAGCAUACCUCAAGUAGACAGGAAUGGGGAGGUGGCUAAGUUAUACAGCCAGAGUUGAGGGUGGAGAAGAUAACAUGGGACUCCUUCGGGACCAUCCAAAAAGGGAGUCAAGGAAGGGAGCCAAGUCUAAUGCCACUGAGGACCACAGAUGUCCAGUUGUCCUAAGAUAUCUCAUCCAUCUUUCAGUUGCCUCUUUCUUCUUCCUCUUUGCCUCAUGUUUGCUUCUCCUUGAAGACUAGCAGUGAAACUUUUUUUGUAUGUGUCCUUUUUUUUUUUUUAGGGCCACAUCUGCAGCAUAUGGAAAUUCCCAGAUUAGGGGUCAAAUCAGAGCUGUAGCCGCCGGCCUACGCCACAGCCACAGCCAUGUGGGAUCUGAGCCAAGUCUGCAACCUACACCUCAGCUCAUGGCAACACCAGAUCCUUAACCCACUGAGCAAGGCCAGGGAUCGAACCUGUGUCCUUAUGGAUACCAGUCGGGUUCGUUUCCACUGAGCCACGACGGGAACGCCAACAGUGAAACUCUUAAUAGGUGAAGGACCUAUGUGUGUGUUUCAAGUAUAGCAAGAAAAGAGGACUGGGGGCAGGGGCCAUCCAGGAUAAGGAUUAGGGAAAGGAGCAGAGGGGUGACAGCAGCUUUGAAGGAAAAAAAACAGCAAGUGGGAGUCCUAGCACCUUUAGGAAGAAAGAGAAAGGGGCACAGACAACGCCUGGGCUGGAGAGAUAGUGUGGGUGGUGGCUGCUAUGAAGGCAAAAUGACAGCAGGCUAGAGCUGUUGCUGAAAUGUGUGGGAAGGGAAAGAGGCCCACACCGGUCAGGCUGCACAAGUUCUGACGCAACCUGUAACUUUAAGCUCUCUGUGUGCCAGGUGACAAGCAGAAAGGGCUGUAGGCACUCCACCUCGUCAGGGUCCUCAGGGCCUGGGACCUAUACCAGGAAUUGGUUCCCUAACAGCCAGUUUCAGCCACAGCAUGUUGGGAAAAUGGCAAAGAUAGAGCAGGUGAUGGCAGCUGUGAAGAAAAGAGGAACGCAGACUGGAGGCCUGCAGUCUAGCAGCAUGAAGAGAAGACUGUGUAGGCUGUGGUCCCGAGGCCCGGGCCCUGUCCUCGGACCCUUAGGAUGGACCCAUCCAGCGCAGAUGGCCCUCUGUUAGGGGUGCAGGAAGGCCCACCUAGGGGCCUCCCACUGGUAUGCACCCAGACCAGCCUCCUCAUUCAGCCACUGGCCCGGCUUAUGCUAACGCCUGGUUCACUCACUCCUGGGCCCCUAACGUUUACUGCAGGCCUUUGUAAUUUGGACCUGCUCCUCCUGAUCACCAGGCUCCCCUCAGAUACCCACAGGGUGUCAUGCAGCUGCAGCCAGGGAUAAGCAAGCUGGCACAGAGGUGGGCCCGAGGGCAGCAGGGCUCAUUACUUCCACUUUGGGCAGAUUAGGCUGCUAAGACUUCUCCAAAAAGCUGCAAAGCUUCCCCACUGCAUUACCCAGUGGCUGUCGCGUUAUCCUUGCCUGUGCUGCCAGAAUGCAUGGCCCGAGCUCCUUGGUUCUUAACCCAGGCUGCCCUGAGUUAUUGUCUGUGUUGGGAACUCCCUGAGGGCCAAGUCCGUCUCACACCUCUCUGCAUCCUUUUUACUUUGAACCACAGUGACUUAUUUUUAAAUACAUUUUUCUUUCCUAUUUUGAAUUCCCUGAAGGUAAGGACUGUGUCUGACGCCUCUCUGUCCUCUGCACCUCGCAUGGGGCCUGGCAUAGAAUAGACAGCAGUAAAGGUGUGCUGAAUGAACAAAGGGGUCAAAGACCCUUGGCCUUCUGGAGCUGACUGAAAGGGCAGGCGAGUCCCCCCAUGGGAGGAGGGGUUGUGUCCCUCUGUGGCUGGCACGGCACUCUCAGCCUAUUGAAUGCUGGGUCCAAAUGAGUCUCCUCUGUGGGGACCUACAUCCAGGCCAGUCACACAGCACUUGCCGCAAGUGAGCUGCUCUCAGGCUUCAGCUUGCGUCCUGCCUGGCUGUCCCAGGAUCACAGCCCAAGCCUAAAGCCAAGCUUUGACUUGGGGCUUCUCACUGCACUGGAAUCCCCCUCUGUGGCAGAGUGGAUUCUCUGGGACUCAGGGAGAUACCAGGGCUCAGUGCGUUUGGGUGUGCUUUGGCUUUGUGAUGCCAAGUGCCAGAAAUGCUCUCUGUACUAUAAGAACCACCAUGACUCUUGGAAACAAGGAAGAUGAAUAAAUAGCUUAAUUCUGA